AUGUGGGCGGCGCUUGCGGCGGCUGCCAUCAGCUGCGUAGGCCGCAUUCAAUUUAGCCCGACGACGUACGCAGCCACCAACCAAUGGGGCUCGGUCGUCCUCGUUCUCCAACGCGCCUUGGGCUCGGACGGGCCCGCAUCCGUUCUGCUCAACGCGCAGAAUGGCUCGGCCGUCGCGGGUGUCGACUUUGCACCGAUCGUCAACCUCUCGGUCGCGUGGGCGGCCGGCAGCUGGGCGCCGAUUCAAUUCCCGAUCGCGUUCCUCCCGCGCGUUCUCUUGCACGACGUUUCUUUUACCAUUACCAUGAGCCCGGGCGAUGCCAUGACGCAGAUUCACCCGAGCAUGGCGACCGCAGUCGUCACCAUCCAAUCCGUGAACUUGGACCUUGGCGAUCUCGCGUUCUCAGCGCCGACCAUCAACAUUUCCGUGCCGACCACCCUCGCACCAACGACGCCGUAUCCCGUGUCUCUUUUCGUACAGCGCCUUCGCGGCAGCACGGGCAUGCCCAUUCCUGGCAUUGAUUUUUCCCUACCGACAUUUCCUGGCGGCAAUGUGCUUUUCUGGGCCGAUGGCGACGCGACACCCAAGACGAUCAUGUUGAGUGUCUUCAACUCGGCGAUCUAUCGCAGUGCAAAACAGCUGUCUCUGCAGCUGCUGCGCCCAAGUGGCGGCGCAUUGCUCGCAUCGCCAUCGACGAUGCUCUUGACGGUUCUGGGCACCAACCAAGCGGUGCCGGCGGGUGUCUUUCAGUUGGACGCGCCGUGUUUUUCGAUUUGUGCGGCGACGACGUACUCUGUCUACGAAGGCGGUGCAGUUCGGGUGCAUGUCGAGCGACGCAACGGCACGGUCGGCGCCGUCUCGGUGCAGUACGCAGCGACGCCCGAUGCCAGCACCAACACGAUGGCGACAUCGGACUUUGUGCCUCAGCAAGGCACCUUGAGCUGGCAAGACGGCGACAGCGCCAGCCAGAGCUUUGUCGUGCAAACGCAAGCUUCGCCACACACGCAAAAGAGCGUGGUUGUGACCUUGACCAACCCCACUGGCGGCGCCUCGCUGUCGCCUGUCGCUAGCAGCACCAGGAUUUCCGUCCUGUCGCUUCCCUUUGCACCCUCUUUGGGUGGGGAAGUCAACGUGGUCACCGUACCAGCCCUCCAAAUAGCGCUGAGCGGUAUGCCCAUGGCUAGUGACCAGCUGCUCGAGGCGCAAAUCCCAGAGUACCAGUCUGGGAUUGGCCCUACCGCACCGUGGGUUCUGACACAGGCAGGCACGUAUACGUUCACCGUGCGUCGGUCACGAGGGAGUGUCGGUGCCGCCGCCGUUUACGUUCAAACCGUGGGUCAGACCGCGCAGCCAGACGUCGACUUUGUCAGCGUCGGACAACUACUCUCGUGGCAGGACAAUGACGCGCGCGACGUCACCGUGUCGCUAACGAUCCUGUCGCCUCCCUACACGAUCUUCAGCGGCACUGCGUCGCCACCGCGCACUCUGUCGAUCAUCUUGUCAAACCCGCAGUCAGUGGUGCUCGGACCCUCGGCGCAGUACUCGGUGCAACUGCAGGCGACGGCACAAGUUCCGACGCUGGUCGGCGCACGAAUGGACAUGACGGCCCGCUCUUUAACGCUACAGUACUCGAGCCCUGUACUCGCGCCCACUGCCAACGUGGCGACACUGAGCCUUGCAGCCUCCACAGAACGUUACACCCUGAGCGCGUCUUCGACCGUGGUGCCUAGCCCUGACCCGACGCUGGUGUGCAUCCAGCUGGCUCCCAACGACGUCAACGCGCUUCAGAAAGCAGGCAUCGCAGCAUCAAUCGUGACAACGAACAUUGUAUAUUCCCCAGGAUUUGUGCAAUACCCUACAUUCAACUGCGCUUCAACGUCACUUCACGGCUGUGUGGUCCGCCCGCUGCCGGCUCAGACGUUCUUUCCGGCAACAGCGUUUGUCGGCGACACGCUGGCUCCGUCGCUGCUACGAUUCGUAUAUGACGGCCAGUACCUCCAACUUCGGUUCUCCAAGGUCGUAAACCCCUCCUCGGUGGUGCCGUCGCAGCUGCAGCUCUGCGACAGCUUGGCACGUUCUGCCUGCACGUCGCUCUCGACCGCAAGCUAUGUUGUUGCAGGCACGCGGUCGCUGGGCAGUCUGGUGGCGCUACCUCCGGCACCGAGUGACGGCACGCUCGUCACCAUCUUUGUCGCGCCGAUUGACAAGGCGCAGAUCGAUGCCACCGGUCUCACUGGCCGAUCGCCAGCGACCACCGUUCUUGUCGUGACCAACCAGAUCGCCGACAUCUUGCGGCACUCGCUCAUGCCACCGUAUUUCAUGAGUGCGGUGGGUACGCCCGACUGCUCAUCGUGUCCGGCCAACUCGUACCUCUCGGCGCGCUGCUCCGACACGCAAAGUCGCGCGUGUCUGCCGUGUACGGUCUGCGCGGCCGAUCACUUUGCCAAGACGACGUGCUCGCCGACCCACGACACUGUCUGCCAGCGGUGUACGCAGUGCCAGCGCGAAACGUUUGCGUCGACCAAGUGCUCUCCGAAAAGAGAUCGCGAGUGCAGCGCCUGCACCCUGUGCACCACGGACGAGUACGAGGCGGCGCCGUGCACGACGGAAGCCAACCGCGUCUGUCGUACGUGCAACUCUGUGUCGUGGGAGCGCCGGCAGCAGUCGCCGUUUGGGUGUCCGACGCCGAACCAGCAGUGGAAGACGAGGGAAGAGCAGCUGCAGUCAUACAAGUCGAACGCGUGUGGUGCGGGGCGCUGCUCUUGCACGGGCCAUGGCAUUGGCAACAACAACCCCUUGGGACUGGCCUUCCCAGACGACCCUCGCUGCACAGGCCCCGAGACGUACGGAAUUCGUCUUUAA